CUGGCUUUGACCACGACCUCUCGUAGAAUUCUCGCCCAUAUCAUACCUUCCGUACCUUCUGUCUUCAGCUAUACGCGCACGACUCUCAACCAUACAAAGUGACUACAGAACAAUGGCUGGAGGUACCAAAGAGGUGGCCACGUCGGCCGUGAGUGCACAGGCACAGCAAGAGGCCGUGUCGGAAGGCAUCGAGACUUUCGAGUUGCCACGCAGUAUCAUCACGAAACUCGCGCGAGCGGCGAUGUCAGAAAACACCAAGAUGUCCAAGGAUGUUGUGCUGUCCUUCCAAAAGGCGUCCACCGUCUUCAUCAAUUACCUGGCUGCCACGGCCCACGAAGUCGCCGCGUCCAAGCAGCACAAGAGCAUAUCCGCGUCAGACGUUCUCAAGGCACUCGAGUUGGUUGAGAUGGGCGACAUGGUACCCCGGCUUCAACAGGAACUACAAGUCUACCGCGACAUCCAAAAGUCGGACAAGGGCCAGGAGCCCGAAGCGGAGGUGAAUGGGGGCCUCCAUGGAGAUGAAGACGAGGAGAUGGCGGAAGACGAGGAGGGAGUGGAGGAAGAGGCUGAAGAAGAGAUGGAAGACGACGAAGCAGACGACGAGGAUCCGGACGACUCAAUGGCUGUCGAUGACGAGGAGGUUCAACGAGACGCGAGAGGAUUAGAUGACACUGAUGACGGCGAGUGAUGAACAGGUUGUGAACUGCUUGUUGUAUAUCUAGAUCGUGCUUCUACACCGAAGUGACGACGCCUGGUAAUGGUGACCCCUCAGACUGUUGGCCGCUGCUGACCUCCGUUAACUGGGCUCGACAUGAUCGGGGAGUACAAACGCUCGUGAAAAUUGGAAUUGAAGGGCGGCUGAUCCGCAUGGCUCAA